AUGGUGGGCUUUGAGGUUUCAAAAGACCAAUGCAAGGAUGCAGUGACCUUUGAGGAUGUGCAUGUGAACUUCACUCAUGAGGAGUGGGCUUUGCUGGAUCCUUCCCAGAAGAGUCUCUACAAAGAUGUGAUGCUGGAAACCUACUGGAACCUCACUGUUGUGGGUUAUAAAUGGGAAGACCACAACACUGAACAUUGUCAAAGUUCUAGAAGACAAACAAGAUAA